CCUUCUCUCUCUUCUCUUGUCUGUGCACAAAUCUAUAAGCGUUUCAUUUUCUACCUCUUUUCAUUAAAUAUUCAUUUAUCUUUUUUCUUCUCUUUCACGCUUUAGCAUAGUCAAGCAUAUCGGUUAUCAUGCAGUGAACGAGACAGCACACACUGAACUGAAGACUAGGGUUGCCAUGCCAUCCUAAGGAACUAAAAGCAAAGAAGCAGAUUCUAAGAGACCCAUUUCAUCUUUUGUGGUGCUCCAUGGCUUGGAAAUUCCGGGGUUGGAUGAAUCAAUCGACACUACUAGGAUUAACAAUUUUUCACCCAUGAGGCCGAGCCAUUAUUAGUUGCAUCACCUUGUUUUUCUUCAAAGGGGUAUUUUUUAGUAGUAGCAGUUUCUGUUGUGGUGUGCUUGAUUGAAGAGAGAGGAGAGAAAAAGAAAAGAAAAAAGGGAAGCAAAAGUGGCUACUUUGAUGAGUUUUGGGGGGUUUCUUGAGACCAAACAAAGUGGUGGAGGUGGUGGUAGGAUUGUAGUUUCAGAUAUUCCUUACAACAGCAACAACGGUUCAAACCACAGCAACGAUAUAAUGCCCUCUGGUGCAAUCUCGCUGCCUCGUUUAGCCACUCCUACUUUGACCAAAUCCAUGUUCAACUCUCCUGGCCUUUCUCUUGCACUUCAAAGUGAUAUAGAUGGACAAGGGGAUAUGAACAGAUUAAUGCCCGAAAAUUUUGAGCAGAAUGGUUUGAGAAGGAGCCGGGAAGAGGAGCAUGAAAGCAGAUCUGGCAGUGACAACAUGGAUGGUGGUUCUGGUGAUGAUUUUGAUGCUGCCGACAACCCACCGAGGAAAAAACGCUAUCACCGACACACUCCUCAGCAAAUUCAAGAGCUUGAAUCGCUCUUCAAGGAGUGUCCUCACCCCGAUGAGAAGCAAAGGCUUGAACUCAGCAGAAGGCUUAAUUUGGAAACGAGGCAAGUAAAGUUUUGGUUCCAAAAUCGAAGAACACAAAUGAAGACACAAUUGGAACGGCACGAGAACUCGCUGCUGAGGCAAGAGAAUGACAAGCUUAGAGCUGAAAACAUGUCUAUGAGGGAAGCCAUGAGAAAUCCCAUAUGCUCAAACUGUGGAGGUCCUGCAAUGAUUGGUGAAAUUUCACUCGAAGAACAGCACCUCAGAAUUGAGAAUGCUAGAUUGAAAGAUGAACUAGACCGUGUUUGUGCACUCGCUGGCAAGUUUCUGGGUCGACCCGUUUCUUCUCUAACAAGCUCAAUUGGGCCUCCAAUGCCAAACUCAAGUUUGGAGCUUGGUGUUGGGAGCAAUGGUUUUGGACAAGGUUUAAGCACUGUGCCUUCAACAAUGCCUGAUUUUGGGGUUGGAAUAUCAAGCCCUUUAGCCAUGGUGUCACCUUCAAGUACUAGACCAACCACAACAGCAUUGGUGACUCCUUCUGGCUUUGACAACAGAUCAAUUGAGAGGUCUAUUGUUCUUGAACUUGCUUUGGCUGCAAUGGAUGAGUUGGUGAAGAUGGCACAAACUGGUGAGCCUCUUUGGAUCAGAAGCUUGGAAGGGGGAAGAGAAAUUCUCAACCAUGAGGAGUACACAAGGACUAUCACUCCUUGCAUUGGCUUGAGACCCAAUGGCUUUGUCACUGAGGCUUCUAGACAAACUGGAAUGGUCAUCAUAAACAGCUUGGCCCUUGUUGAAACAUUAAUGGACUCAAAUCGUUGGUCAGAGAUGUUCCCUUGUAUGAUUGCUAGAACCUCAACCGCUGAAGUUAUAUCUAAUGGAAUAAAUGGAACUAGAAAUGGUGCCCUUCAGCUAAUGCAUGCUGAGCUUCAAGUUCUUUCUCCCUUGGUUCCUGUUCGUGAGGUCAAUUUUCUACGCUUUUGCAAGCAGCACGCAGAGGGGUUAUGGGCAGUGGUAGAUGUGUCCAUAGAUACCAUCCGAGAAACUUCUGGAGCACCCACUUUUGUGAACUGUAGGAGGCUUCCUUCUGGUUGCGUGGUGCAAGAUAUGCCAAAUGGUUACUCUAAGGUGACAUGGGUGGAACAUGCAGAAUACGACGAAAGCCAAAUUCACCAGCUCUUUAGACCCUUGUUGAGCUCAGGCAUGGGGUUUGGUGCACAACGUUGGGUUACCACUCUUCAACGCCAAUGCGAGUGCCUAGCCAUUCUAAUGUCCUCAGCAGCUCCCUCUAGAGAACAUUCAGCAAUAAGCUCAGGUGGAAGGAGAAGCAUGUUGAAGCUGGCACAUCGCAUGACGAACAAUUUCUGUUCGGGUGUGUGUGCCUCCACAGUGCACAAGUGGAACAAGCUGAACGCAGGAAACGUGGGGGAGGACGUGAGAGUGAUGACGAGGAAGAGCGUGGACGACCCGGGCGAGCCGCCCGGGAUCGUCCUAAGCGCUGCCACAUCAGUGUGGCUUCCCGUCUCGUCGCAGAGGCUCUUCGACUUCCUCCGCGACGAGCGGCUCCGAAGCGAGUGGGAUAUCCUCUCCAACGGUGGACCCAUGCAAGAGAUGGCUCACAUUGCAAAGGGACAAGACCAUGCUAACUGUGUCUCCCUCCUUAGAGCCAGUGCUAUAAAUGCGAACCAGAGCAGCAUGUUGAUUUUGCAGGAGACGUGCACCGACGCGUCGGGCUCGCUUGUGGUGUACGCGCCGGUGGACAUUCCGGCGAUGCACGUCGUGAUGAACGGCGGCGACUCUGCUUACGUGGCGCUUCUCCCGUCAGGGUUCGCCAUCGUGCCCGACGGGUCCGGCGAGGAGCAAGGUGGCGCGUCGCAGCAGAGGGCGGCGAGUGGGUGUCUCCUCACGGUGGCGUUUCAGAUCCUUGUGAACAGCCUUCCGACGGCGAAGCUCACGGUGGAGUCGGUGGAGACGGUGAACAACCUCAUCUCCUGCACCGUGCAGAAGAUAAAAUCAGCUCUUCAUUGCGAGAGCUGAAACCUUUUGGGGCUGUCUAUUAUUAUUAUUAUUAUUAUUUUCUUUUUGAGAAUUUAGGUGACAUUUUGUACUUAAAAGUGGGGAUAGGUGGCGCGUGUGAAGGACGCGAGGGGUGGGGGUGUUGAGUCAAGAACGAACCGCGCGUGGGUGAGAGAAGUCCUUGCAUGGUGAUGAGGAUCCGAGACUUUUUCGGGUCGGGUUUGGAUCUUUAACACAAAGCAAGGGUGGUGGUUCGGGUAUUGACUCGGGUCGACCCCUUUUGUCUGCUCUAUACUAGUAGCAGCAGAAGAAG